UCAAUCUGAGAACUGAUUUGCCUUUUUCAAAAAAGGAAAUCCCUCCCAGUCAUCUCAAGUUUGUGCGGUUGCUUUGAUCCUCGAUCCUUUUUCAACCAACUGCAAGUCCUUUCAGGCAUGUGCGAGAUCAUGAAAUAACCGUACAAAGUUCAGGAGACUUUACCCAGGGACUGGGCCACUGAAAGUGAAGCCUUGUGAAGCUGGGUUGAAUCUCGUGAGCAGCAUUGAUCGACCUGAGCAGCACCUCACCGGCCUCAGCUACGCGCAACCCAGCGGGGAAGGUUUCAAUUUUUGGCUGUUUCCUUUUUGCCUUUGUGGUGUUUGGGGCAGAAUGAGUCAAGCCUCACCAAAGCCAGAACCUAGAAACCACAAGUGCCUCAAGGACCUGGGGUCUCGCCGUCUGCACCGCAAUCAUUUCCUAGCUGAGAAUGCUAUCGGUGUGGUGGAACGAUGUAUGAGCUUGAUGCAGUCCGGGACCCAGAUGGUGAAACUGAGAGGAAGCUCCAAGGGGCUGGUUCGCUUCUACUACCUGGACGAACACAAAACCUGUAUCAGGUGGCGGCCAUCCAGGAAAAACGAGAAAGCCAAAAUUUCAAUAGAUGCUAUUCGAGAAGUGUGUGAGGGAAAGCAGUCGGAGAUCUUCCAGCGUUACCCGGAUGGGAGCUUUGACCCAAACUGCUGCUUCAGUAUUUAUUACGGGGAUCAUAUGGAAUCUCUCGACCUGGUUUCAUCGAAUGGUGAAGAGGCCCGAACGUGGAUUACAGGCCUCAAAUACUUAAUGGCAGGGAUCAGUGAUGAAGACAGCCUGUCAAAACGGCAGAGAACACGUGACCAAUGGCUAAAGCAGACAUUUGCGGAGGCAGAUAAGAAUGGGGAUGGCUGCCUGAGUGUUGGCGAGGUCCUGCAGCUGAUGCAUAAACUCAAUGUUAAUCUGCCACGUCAGAAAGUUAAACAGAUGUUCAAGGAGGCAGACACGGAUGAGAACCAAGGGACGUUGGACUUUGAAGAGUUUUGCGCGUUUUACAAGAUGAUGUCCACACGACGGGACCUCUAUCUUCUGAUGCUGAUGUACAGUAACCACAAGGACCAGUUAGACUCCGAUGACCUGAAGAGAUUUCUGGAGGUGGAGCAAAAGACGACCAGUGUUACAAAGGAGCAUUGUCUGGAGAUCGUUGAUAAAUUUGAGCCGUGUCUGGAGAACCAGAAGCAAGGGAUCCUUGGGAUUGAUGGUUUCACAAACUACAUGCGAAGCCCAGCAGGUGAUAUCUUUAACCCUGAACAUCAUAAAGUGAGCCAGGACAUGACACAGCCUAUGUGUAACUAUUACAUUGCCUCCUCCCACAACACUUACCUGAUGGGGGACCAGCUGAUGUCACAGUCUCGAGUGGACAUGUAUGCCUGGGUGCUACAAGCUGGUUGUCGCUGUGUUGAAGUUGACUGUUGGGAUGGACCAGAUGGAGAACCUAUUGUUCACCAUGGAUACACGCUCACCUCCAAGAUCCUCUUCCGAGAUGUGAUUGAAACUAUCAACAAGUACGCCUUUGCAAAGUCUGAAUAUCCAGUCAUCCUCUCUGUUGAAAACCACUGCAGCGUACCCCAGCAGAAGAAGAUGGCUCAGUACCUGUGUGAGAUCUUGGGGGAUAAACUUGAUGUGUCUUCAGUGCAUGUAGACGACAUGACUCAACUUCCUUCACCCGAUAGCCUGAAGGGCAAGAUCCUUGUGAAGGGCAAGAAACUACCUGCAAACAUCAGCGAUGAUGCUGAGGAAGGUGAGGUGUCAGAUGAGGACAGUGCCGAUGAAAUCGAGGACGACUGCAAGUUGAUGAAUGGAGAUGCCAUGGCCAACAGGAAGCACGUGGAGAGUGUGGCUAAAAAGAAACUUGAUUCGCUACUGAAGGAAUCAAAAAUCCGAGACCGGGAAGAUCCCGACAGCUUCAGCGUGAACGCCAUCCCUCAAGCAGGCAAAAUGUGUCAGAAGUCAGACUCGAAGAAGAAAUGCAGCUCUGGGUCCGUGUCUACAGUGGAGAAGCCUGUGAGUAAAACUGAAGAUGGUACCGACUCCGGAGAAGAUCCAAUGACUAACAAGAGGCAUAGUCGAUCCUUCAUCGGUAGCUUCUCCAAGCGCAAGAAAAAAACAGUGAAGAUGAAGAAGUCAUCGAGCUUGGAGGAUGAUGAGGAAGACCAUGACCAUCAAGCGACUGCUGGUAGAACAACAGUGCACGUGAUGAGAAGUGGCAGGCAGAAGAAGACCAUGAAGCUGUCCCGGGCCCUCUCGGAUCUGGUCAAGUACACAAAGUCUGUCGGGAUGUAUGAUAUCGACUCUGAAGUCUUGUGCAGCUGGCAGGUCUCUUCAUACAGUGAGACAAAAACCCACCAGCUCCUUCAGCAAAAGCCACAGCAGUUUGUCCGAAUGAACCAGCAGCAGCUCUCCCGCAUCUAUCCAUCCUCCUACAGGGUGGACUCCAGUAACUUUAACCCUCAGCCCUUCUGGAAUGCUGGCUGCCAGCUAGUUGCAUUGAACUACCAGUCUGAAGGAAGAGUGCUCCAGCUAAACAGGGCCAAGUUUAGCUCCAAUGGGAACUGUGGUUAUGUCCUUAAACCCAAGUGCAUGACUCAAGCAGAAGAUCUACUGUCUGGACAGCCAAAGAAACAACUAGUGUUAAGGAUCAUCAGCGGCCAACAGCUUCCGAAACCCAAAGACUCCAUGCUUGGCGACAGGGGAGAGAUAAUCGACCCUUUUGUGGAGGUGGAAAUAAUCGGCCUGGCUGUUGACUGCUUUAAGGAGCAGACCAGGGUGGUGGACGACAAUGGGUUUAACCCAAUGUGGGAGGAAACGCUGGUGUUCACUCUGCACAUGCCCGAACUCGCUCUUGUCCGCUUCCUGGUCUGGGAUCAUGAUCCAAUUGGUCGGGAUUUUAUUGGCCAAAGAACUUUGGCGUUCACCAGCAUGAUGCCUGGUUAUCGACAUGUGUAUCUGGAGGGGAUGGAGGAGGCCUCCAUCUUUGUUCAUGUAGCUGUCAAUGACAUCAGUGGUAAGAUCAAGCAAGUCAUGGGAUUAAAGGGCCUGUUCCACAGAAAUCCAAAGCAGGCUUCGCUCGACAGUCAUGUUGCUGUACUGCUCACUCGCAAGCACUCUUUUAGCAGUCAGAUCCUCCGCAGGACUGCCAGUGCCCCCACCAAAGGGCAACAGAAGAGCAAAAAGGGCUUUCCUCAAAUCGUUCUAGAUACCAAAGACUGCAGUUCAGAGGGAGCGAGUGAGUCCGACGACACAUCCCAGCCUCGGUUUGAGCAGGAUGCUGAAUGUGCUGAGACUGCUCUGGAAGGUGCUGAAAGGGCUGGCACCGAUGGGGAAGUGCAGACAGAGACUUUUAAAGGUGUCCAGCCAUUCUCACAUCCUGUUCCAAGCAUUCCCAUGCACACUCUUGAAACGAUUACUGAAGAAUCUAUGCAUUUUGAGGAUAGAACUUGCACCAACUCCCAGCCGAUGUCCUCAUCAACUGUGAGCAGCUCCAGAGAAGAAACCACCAACUCAGAAGAACGUCUAGUUACACAAAGCAGCUUGUCACCACCAAAAGCUAAUAACGUCCCGAUCGAUAAUAAGCAAGCAAUAAAGGCACCUAUUAGUGAGGGAAAAUUGGGACAUGGAGCUGUUUGCCUGUGCAUGGAUCUCCUCACAGGAAGCAACAAGCAAAAGGAGACCCUUCAUGCUCAUGUUUGUCUUGCUUCAAAUCUCCAUGAAGAUUCUCAGGAUGAUGAUGAAGCUUCCCAUUUUUCUGAUGACAACACAAAUUCAUGCUCUCCUAUCAAUCACUCCACAACCACAAGGAGCUCUUCUCAAAACCCAAAAGAUUCCUCAUUUGCACCAGAUGUCCAGAGCAAAGAAAGAGCUGGACUUCUCAUUGACCAUCUGGCUCAACUUGAUGCUUUACCUACAGGAGCCUCAACCAAUUAUCCUGUUCAGGAAGCAUCAGGUGAGAGAUUGGACAGUACAGAGUUAGCCGAAUCCCAGAAAAGUCCUGUUAAUGAUUUACUCCCCAGUUUCACACCACAAGGUGCUCAAAACGGGUGUGACAAAAAUAACCUAGAUUGUCAUGUUAGGAAAAGUGUUCACCCUGAUAUGGUGCGAAGUGUUAGUUGCGAUGGGCGUCUUAUUCAAAGUCAACAGCCAUUGUUGAUGACUCCUAUCCAACUAUGCACAUCUCCAGUGCCUGCAGUGUCAUCAGAUGUAACCAUAAAUGAUAGAAUCUGGUGUAAAUUGGAUUCUGGGAACCACAGGGACAGUAUGUCUUCAUCAUCCAGUAUGUCAUCAAAUGACACAGUCAUUGACUUGUCGUUGCCCAAUUUGGCUCGGAAAAGUUUAUCUGACCUCAGCUGCAGGCAGAAUGAAACUUUGGAAGGGCUGAUGAUAGAUAAACGGAUAAGGCCUCGAUCAGCUACAAGUGGUCAUGAAAUGCUCGCCAAAGUUAGCAAAAGCAAGUCUAAUCCCAAUUUAAGAUCUGAUGGUGACCAGCAACAAGUUGAUGACCUUCAACCGAAGCCCUUGGCUAAAUCAUCACCAAUUCCCUGCCAGUCAAACUCAAGGCGACACACCUGGAGUAGGCUAUACAUGGAAAGCCUCAAACAGUCUUCCCCAACUCUAAAAUCAAUAAUGCAAAGCAAAAAGGUAGCGGACAGUCCGAGCAAAUCAAAAAGCUUAGGUGACCUGACUUCCGAUGAUAUUGUGCCCAGCUUUGAAAGCAAAUACAAGAGCAUCAGUCGGAACUUUAUCACAAGGCCCAUGCGUGAGCAGCGCAGGGCAGCUGGGCUGAAGAGGCUUGCUCAGGACAAUUUGACAGAGCAGCUGAAGAGGAUCACAAGCUUCGAGCGAGAGAACGAUAUCACCUCUCCCACUGCCGAUCAGCCUCCAGAGACUGAGGAGACCAGCCCGGUUGUCCUGCGCAGAUCUUCAUCGAGGAGCCAAAGCCGCGUGCGGUACAUCGCAAACCGGGCGAAGCAGGCACAGGAACGGCAGAGGCUGUGGAACUUGAUGCAGAGCAACCAGUCCACCGUGCUGGAAGAGAGGGGCAAUCCAGAAGGGGCCUGCUCUGACCCCAACAGCAUUUGCACCGACUUAGCCCUGCCCUGUCAAGUCACAGAGGAACUCAAGGUCUCACAAACCACUGGCACCGAGGCUGAGGUCUUCUUCAUGCUAAAACUUUAAGACUUAUUGCAAAGAGAACUUACUGAGGGCAAAUAAACUGAAGUUUGUCAACAGACUUCAAGAAUGAUCAUAAGAUGUUUCACUCCAAGAGCAUCACUGAGGCAUCAACCUUAGGAAUGGGUCCAACUUUUAAAAAGCUGGAAGUUGUGCAUUUUUUAUGUUGCACUUUCUAUGUGCCAUACUGUGCACAGAUCAUGUGGUUUGCACUGGAAUUUGAAACCUAUUACGAUACAAGUGCAAAUUGGUGCAGAAACUAGCACUGAAAAUUGCACAAAAAGAGCAAGGAAGAUUGGGCAGUGAGAGCCAGCAAGGGAUGGAAAAUAAAUUCAGCUCUUAAGAGCUUGUGGAAAAACUAUAUCUUCCUCCCAUAGGUGGGGGUGUGAAACACGUGACAGUGUUGUGUAAUAUCUAAUACUACUCGUUUCGAGUCGAAGAUCAGGCAAAUGUGUCUUCAAUGCACAGGCAUUGCCAUUGAAUUCUAGGCCCCUAUCGGGAGACACAUCUACAGCAGUGACAAAAGUGUCCGAAUUAUUUUUUAAAACUGUUUGUGUGUAUGUAAAGAUAAAACUGCACGAUAAUAUUGAUUUUAUUUAAAAUAGAAUUCUUUUAGAUUGUUUCAAAAGAAAUAUCACCAAAAAAUUGAGAAAAGGCUGCUGUGUAUUUAAUAAAUGUGCAGCAGUGUGUAUGUGUGUAUGAAUUGUACUUUCCCAAAAAAGCUAUAUUCAUUUUUUUAAAAAUGUGUUGCAUGUUUUUUGAUGUUUAAUUUGUGAUUUUAAUAUACAACUGAGUAUGGCUUCCAAAGUGUAGAUUAAAUUCCACCCACAAGUAUAUCCAGGGCAGCUGCUCCAGAUGUGAUGAUUAUUGUAUUAACCCUUUCCGCAGCUGUAACUAUACAAAUGUUCUCAGCAGGUACAUCAGGUUAAUAUUAGGUUGUUUGAAGCUUCCUGGAGGCCUAGUGGAUAAAGGCUCCUUCCAGCCAUCCAGAGCAGGUUGGCCAAGGAUCUAAUCCUAGCCUGCGCUGAGUUAGCUGAUGUCAAAUUGGGGUGCAAGUUGGGGUGAAGAAAUUGAUCUCCUGGACUCCAGAGGGGAAAAUCAGCCCUUGAACAUUAUACAUUGUAGUGCGUUCGUAUGUGCCUAGGUGUGGCCAUUGGAACAUUGGGAAAGAGAAUUUCAGCUUUCCACUACCCUUUGUGUGGAGAAGUGUUUCCUGGCAUCAAGCCCAAAAGGCCUGGUUCUAAAUUUAAGGUUAUACCCUCUUGUUCUGGACCACUCAACCAGGUUUUCUCUCCAUCCACAGAAAAUGCUAGAAAAAUUCAGCAGGUCUAA